UAGCAAAACAAAACAAAAACAGUCCACAAGCUUUACAGUCCACAACAAAAUUAUAAUUUAAAUACCUUAUUUUCGCAAAAUGCCUCAACUAGAAGAUGAGGCCACUCAGGAAAAAAUCGCUCAGGAGAAGCUCAAGCGCUUCUGCGACUCACUCCGGACGCUGUACCGCCAGAUCAAACAGCUGAUCGGCCCGGAGCGCGCCAACGUGGACAAGACCCUGGCAAAGGCGGCUCGGUACGAGCAGUUGGUAAAGUCGGAUGUCGGCGGCAGCGGAAGCGUCUAUCCGGCUGAACUGAUUGAGGACGUCAAGGCGGAGUGCCUUCACGAGAUCAACGCGAGGUUGAUCGGAACGGGUCAAGUGGUAAAUGAGCUGAUUGAGCAAAACUUGACCGUUUUGUCAAACUACCAGGAGUUGGAAGGGACAUCCCGAAGCUUAAACUGGCAACGAAGUGGUAUUAUUCUUCUGGGAACCGAACAUCAGAAGCCGCUUGAGUUUUACUUGCGGGAGGGAUUUCGGAUUGUUCAUCAAAUGAAUCUGCUGGUGACAAGGUACAAGCACACCUUCAUAGUCGUUGAAGUGCAGCAAGCUGACUCCAUUCAACGAUUUCGGGAUUGCUUGAAGCUGCCGGAUGAGCUGGACCUGUGUUUGCAGGAGUUUGUUUCAUUCACUGUAUUUAUGCUGAAAUAGAAUACAAAUGUUUACAAAACUGUUGACUAA